CUCGUUCAUGCUGCGUGAUCCCCAUCACAAACCCGGAGCUGACUCUCUCAGUGCCCAUGGAGUAGCUGGCGCUGCCCUGCCGCUGUGGAAGACGCCGUCCUUCCUCGCUUUCCUUCCAUGGAGUCCACCUAUCUCUGGAAUAUCUCCUCCUUCCACCCUGAGUGAGCUGCUGUGAAUUCUGAGAGGAAAUUCUCUAAACAGAAGAAGAUGGCGUCCAAUAACACCCUCCGCAGCUACUCCAUCAUUCCUUGCUUCAUCUUCGUCGAGCUUGUCAUCAUGUCCGGCACGGUGUUGCUGGCCUACUACAUGGAGUGCACGGACCUUUUUGGCGUGCACCUGCAAGGCUUCUUCUGUAACGACGCAGAACUGAUGAAGCCGUACCCGGGCACGGAGGAGUCCAGCUUCAUCCCUCCUCUCAUUCUCUACAGCGUUGUGGCUGCUGCUCCCACUGCUAUCAUUUUCAUCGGCGAAGUCUCCAUGUAUGUAAUGAAAUCAACGAGAGAAGCUCUGUUGGCGCAGGAGAAAACCAUAGUGACAGGAGACUGUUGUUACCUCAACCCUCUGAUCCGCCGCAUCAUCCGCUUCAUAGGUGUGUUCGCGUUCGGCCUGUUUGCCACAGACAUCUUUGUCAACGCGGGGCAGGUGGUGACGGGUGGCCUCUCGCCCUAUUUCCUCUCAGUCUGCAAGCCCAAUUACACCGGCACUGAGUGUCGCUUUAAUCACCAGUUCAUCAUCAAUAGCAACAUCUGCACGGGGAAUCCAGUGGUUGUGGAAAGCGCCCGCCGCUCCUUCCCCUCCAAGGACGCUUCAUUGAGUGUUUACUCCGCUGUGUACCUGACGAUGUACAUUACCAGCACCAUCAAGACCAAGUCCAGUCGCCUGGCCAAGCCGGUUCUGUGUCUGGGGACUCUGUGCUCGGCCUUCCUCACCGGCCUAAACAGGGUGUCCGAGUACCGGAACCACUGCUCCGAUGUGGUGGCUGGGUUCAUACUAGGAUCAGCUAUCGCUCUCUUUUUGGGUAUAUGUGUGGUGAACAAUUUCAAAGGUGUCCAUGGUGCUGCAACUAAACAGAAGAGGGAAGACUACCGCGGUCUUCCUCUGAUGACUUUCCCCCGAGUGGAGAGUCCUCUGGAGACCCUCAGUGCCCAGAACCACUCGGCAUCGAUGACAGAGGUCACAUGACUAAGGGGGCAGCACCGGGUCACGUUUGCGUCUCCACAGCACUUCCAGACACAAUGACAAGGACGCAUGCCACGUGGCUCCGAAUGCUUAACUAAACACACUUCAGAUAUCCGUUCAAGUCAGCCGGGGGGACGAAACACGCCAUGUUUAUGAUGGUUUUAAUCUCGUUGAGCUCCGCUCAAUCCUCACCAGCCAAGACGCUCCGAUCACACCAGUGGUACGAAAACCGCUAAAGCACAUUAGCUUUCUCCAGAUACCAGAAACCAUCGGAAACAUGGGAGUGUUGGCUCCUCCUCCAAUGUUCUGUUCAUAGUUAGGAUGGUGUUUUGCACAUUUUGUAUGAGCGAUUGCUGUAGCUAUCCUGACGCUGUUCGACCUGCACAUCUCACUCCGUGUUACAUUGCAUCUUGUGAGGUGACUCCACAUCCCUCAGUCUGAAAACGUGCUACAGGCAGAAAAAAAAACGUUGAUGUUGUUGUCAUUCUGUGAUGUUUAUCAUCUGUACAGAGAAAAAAGACAAACUUCUUCUUUUUAUUAUCGCUUUCUGUACAUUAUCGACCAUAUCAGGUCAUAUUUUGUAAAGAUUUUUGUUAAUCUGUAUUAUUAUGAUCCGUUUGGACCUGUCUGCCUGCUGUAAACCUGGAUAUGUUUUGGUAUCAGUACGACCUCUUUGUCCUCGGAGGAGAGAAAAGAUGUUUGCGUCACCUGCAGUGUCGCAGUGAUGACUUAACAUGGUCAUCGGAGUGUUGUACAUAUUUGUCUGUUGUGUGUCGGAGCAAAUAUUUCACUGGUAAAUAUCAAAACCAGACAACAGCAUUUUUGGAACCUUGUGGAGGAAACGGACGUCUGGCGGUCAAUUCUGAGAUGCUUUGAUCAAGCUGCUUGUCCAUUACCUUGGUUGGAAUUUAGUUUCAAAUUUUGGUUGCAUUUAUCAAUAUUAUUCUUGUAUUUUUAUGACAUUAUUGUGUAAGUUUUUGGCAGAACUGACCCGUCUGCUCUUACGCUCAACCCUCAAGGGUGCAAAAAUGCUGUUGUGAAAACUGAAGAAAAUUCAAGGUUGGCCCGAUGCUAAGAGUUUCCUGCUCCCCCUCCCCCCUGAACCCACCAGUGGAUUGUGAUGCAAUGUUGUGACUCCAUCUCCUAUUGGAAGACCCAGCAUGAAGAGAGAAGAUGUUUUAUAGAUAUUCAUGAUUUGAAACAUUAUCAUCGUGGUUAUUGUUGUCUUUACAUUUAAAAGAAGUGUUUCUUUUGAAAUGCUGCAUAUAUUUUUUUUCAUGUUUUGACAAAUUAAAUAGUCAGUAGCAACGUUGUGUCCUUCUUGUGGGUGUUGGAGCCUUGUGUUGACCUGAUCCAGUGCUGCUGCCAUCAUCUGCUCUUCAUCUUUGCAGACCCAAAUGACAAUUAAAAAUCCCUUCAAUCCUUUCGCAGCUCCAGAACAGUGCAUGCACUUCAUGAUCUUUAAGAAAAGAGUAAUGUGAAUUUGCAAGUCCAGGCACGUAAUGUAGUCAAGGAGGAAGCACAUUUUCAGGUUAAGUCCUGAAAUCGAGCAAAGUCAGACUGAGGUGUCAGAAUCUCAUCCACCAUUCCAGACGAGUGGGUGUGAAACUGCAUAGCAGCUUUGUAUCAACCAAGGUACACUCUGCGAAUGGGUAAAUAAAUGUAGCACCUAGCUUGAGAAAGGCAAACUCUUGAGAUUGUUCAUCCAACUUUGACUGACAUGAGCUCAUUUCCAUUGGGUUGAGACUCCUUCUGUCGUGUGCCAGCUCCGACUCCAGCUCCUCUAAGUUUAACAUGUCGGUCAGAAUAUUUGUCAAGUCCGACAUCCAAGACACAGUUGACUUCAUGUUUACCAUGAUCCAUGUCAGAAAAAGGGUGAUUUUAUUUUUAUUUUUUUUAAAGCCUUUCCAUCUACGUGCGCACCACCACCAGCAGCAGAUUCUUUGGCACUUAUUGUGCCAUUUCUCAAUAAAUAAUGACCAAUCCACCACUAUAUAUUUUUUGCUCCUAUCCCAAAUAAGGCCGUAUAAACAAAGCAAUGAAAUUGAUAAAAAUGUAGAACACUCAGCCUCCUGGGAACUUCUGCCAGUGAGCUCCGUUUUUCCGCACGAAGUCGAGCUCAUUAGUUAGAGCCGGUGCCAAUCAUGGUCUGACCACAGAGCUCAUAAAAAGCUCAGGAGUGGGCGCUAAAUGCUCAGUCAAUGAGCAAAACCAUGUCUUUUGGCAGCACCAAAGUCCAAUCUCUGCCACUCUCCCGAUCCAAACAAGGUGAUGAUAAGAGGCACCAAACUGAAGGGGGACGUCUUACUCUGGCCUGGUUGGGAGGCUGAGGAAGACAGUGAUGUGGUGUUCUCUCUACGCCCAGGUUUUGCCUGCUCUUUGGAUGAGGACCUGAGGUUUUAUGUGCCUCAUGUCUACAUACAGAUUGUGGAUAGCAAACAGACAUUUUUCCACUUUGGGACCAGCUUGUGUGAUGGGAGUAUGUUUCCUCACCGGUCAGCAGGCAUGAACGUUCUAAUAUAAUUUGGG